AGAAAAAAAGGUAAAGUGAUUCAAUAUUUGCAAAUGUUUUUCUGCAUAUAAGCAUAAGAAAUCUGUAUAGAGUGAAAAGUAUUACCUUCUUUGUUUGCAUUAAGUAGUAUCCUUGGUAAAACUGUGUUAAGUAUUUUAUUCCAUUUACGACGAGUUGAUAUUGAUAACAAUCUUCUGUCGUACGUUGGAUCCAGAUGAAGCUUCUUUCGUUUUCUGUGCGAUUGAUUCAUUUUCACUCUGCAAGUGAUAAAUAUAUUGAAAAUGCAGUUUGUAUAUUAUAAAUAAAUACUUGCAAUGAACAACACAUGUGUGAAAAACAAAUUUGUUUAACGAAAGAUGUUCUUUAUAUUGCAUGCAAAAAUCAAUGUCUUGUUACAAAAGAUAAACGAUGCUUUUAACUUGUAAAUACUGGAACGCGGUUUCAGUUUUUUUGCAGCAAUACAAUCUCUGUUCUUUUUAAAAGAAAGUUCAUGCAAUAAAUUUAAAAUAAAGUUUUUGCAAUAAAUUUUAGGUUAGGUUUUGCACGUUUAUUUUAUAUUCAUGUAUUUCGAAAAAAAAUGCAGAAAGUACAAGACCUUUUCUGCAAAACAAACAGCUAAUGUGUGCGUAACGUGUAAACAGAUAAUUUAUAAAGCAUAAUAGCACAAAAACAUAUACUGUGCACUUACACUACUUUGCAUUUAUCAAUUCAGAAAAUCGCACGUACAUACCUAAUCCUCGAUUACAUUUUUUCUUCUAUUCUCUUUCACUUUUAAUAAAUAUCCUAUUACAAUUAUGUAGGACAAUUAUGUAGGCUGAAGUCGUUUUAGAUAUGAGACACAUGCGUUCACCACACUACAACCAGACUUUGGCUGUGAAUAUCGGAACACAGCCAAAGUUCGCAUUCGCAGUUCGGUGUCCGAAUAACUACCGAUUGUUGCCGAAUCUACUCGAAUGUGACGUCGCGCUUUCGCUGCGCAUUGUGUGUGGACAAAUGACGCGCGAUUUGAAUCUAUACUUUUCUUCGUAAAGUCCGAGCGUUUUUAUACCAUGUAUCACCGUGUAUUCGUUAAACAUUCCAAAAUACCGUUUGAUAUUAUAUUAAUUGUUAUAAUUAUAAUUGUUGUAAAUAAGUUCCAAAUGUUUGCUUAUGUGAAAUUCGCGGGUUUCGGCGCUUCCUCGUGUAUGAAGGUAGUUGCCAUUGAAGACAUUAAAGUGAAAAGGUCAGACGUGAAAAACAUUGAUAAAAAUAAACUUUAUAAAGUGAAACAUCCAGUGACAGGAAAAUAUUCGCAUGCACAAGUGAUUCUUGUGAAUGAGUCAUUGGAAGAACUAUCUAAAAUAAUUCAAUCCAAAAGACCGGUAGUGAAGCCCAUUAAACAUCUUGCAUCACCAUCAGACAGUUUUAAUUCAUCAGCUGAAGAAACACCAGCAAAAAAGAAGAAUGAUAAGCUUGAUACCAAUGUUGACACUAAUUUGCAAAACCGUUUGCAAAUUUUGCGGGAUGAGCAAAUUGAGCGAGAGAUGAUGAUGACAACAUCGCAACUGAACAAUAAAGUGACAUCAACACCUAUUACAUCAUUAGUGACAGAUUCAAGGAAAAAGCGAGAUGCCAUAACUCCUGUACAAUCAAACAAAUGUGUUUUGCUCAAGAAACAAAAGCUUACGGAGAUAAGUGAAUGUAGUGUCAAAUCGCAUAAAGCAGCAGCAGAAGCGUACAAAAAUCAAGUAGACUUCUUCAAGAAGGAAUUGCAAUCCGUGAAAGAUGACUUAAACGUAAAACAAAUAAUAUGGACAGAGGAGAAAACGGCAUUGUCAAGAGAAAUUUUACAGAAAGAAGAGAAAAUUGAAAAACUCACAAAUGAAUUAAAUGAGAUACGAAAUCUCAACAAAGAAUUGCAAAAAUCUGCAAUCCAACAUUUCGGCCAAAUAAAAGCAUGUUCUCAUUCCUCUGGUGCAGCAACAUUACAAGAGUUAAAAAAUGCUGAAACUACAGACGUCUUAAAUCCGAUUAAAAUAGCGAUUGGAUAUAUUGAAGCAGAUACUGAGAAGAUAUAUCUGGGGCAUAACGUAUGGAUAUCGACAGAAAGUUAUGCCUUAGUAAUUGGUACUGCUACGACACCCAGCAUGUUUGUAGCCGAAAUGAUGCUAGUUCUGUUUCCUUAUAAGACAUUACUGAACAGUACCUUGUCAGGAAAACCAAGCAACAGGACAAAAGCGGACAUUCGAAAAGCGUACAAGAAAUUGGAUCCAAUAAAAGUGUUGGCGAUAAAAGCAAUAUUUCGCCAUUGGUUACUGACCGAAAAGAGAAUGAGUGAAAUUGAGGCAGAUGAAGAGGUAGAUAAAGCAAAAGAAUAUAUGAGAAGGAAACUGGCAAGUAUGAAAGAAUCGAGGCAAUUGCAAACAAAGAAAAAAUUAAGCCAAUCGAACGUGGAUGAAUUAAACAAACAAUUGCAAGAGAUGAACGCUAUAAUAGAAAAUAAUGCAGAUUUUCAACAUGACGAUUUCACUACAGUUUCAGAUUCGCAAUCAUCUAUCGAGACUGAAUUAAUAAAUGAAACAGAUAAUAAUAAUGUAUUAUUAUCGGAUAUCGGCAAUUGUGCAUUAGAAAGUGUCGAGAAUGUUGAUACAGAUGACGACGAGAAUGACUACAAUAAUAAUGGCAAUAAUGACAGCAAGAAUAACUACGAGAAUAACGGCAAAAAUAAUAGCGAUGAGAAUGACAGCCAGAAUGAAAGCGAGAAUGAUGGCGAGAAUGACGGAAAGAAUGACGGCGAAAAUGACGGCGAGAAUGACAACGAAAAUUGUGACGAAUAUAUGGAGGAGAUUGUGGAGUUCGUGGAGUUUCAAAACAAUAGCCCAAAUUAAAAUAAUAAAAAGACCAAACUGUGUUUAAUCUAUUGGUAAUAUUUAUUGAAAUACUUUACGAAUAUUCAUAUAAAAUA